UCAAUAAAAGAGAAAAUAAAUGGCUGCUAUCCGACGAAUGUAAAAAUCUAUACGAAAAAUUGGCAAAAACACAAAAAAGGUUACUUAUUAGAAAACCUGAAUCAAGAAUUAAAUUCUAACAAGUACUCACCAAUAUUUAGUGUAGUAUGACAAUAUUAUGUGAGAAAUAGUGCUAGAUUUGAUAGGUGUGUUGUCAUCUGCAAUCCCACAUACAAUAAAAAGUUAAGUAGUCAUGGCUUAUACCUGUCCCCGGGACCUAGAUGGUUUUGCAGCUCACCUAAAUAAGCCAGAUACCAGGUUCAGAUUGCAGCUAGGACAAGAUUUGCUAGCAUUUCUAGCAGAACCUGCAAACCCUAUUACUUGCCAAGAUAUUGGUCAGUUUGUUGAUGCAUUAGUACCUUGGACACAUAACAGCAACUUUAAGGUUGCAAGUCUAGGUAUCGAAGUACUAACAUUCCUCGUAGAUAGGCUGGGUCAUGACUUCAGGCCAUAUUUACAAACUGUUUUACCCGCCAUAAUAGAUCGUCUAGGCGAUUCCAAAGAUACUGUUAGAGAAAAAGCUCAAUUACUUAUAUUAAAAUUGCUGGAGAGGAAUGUACUCAAGCCGCAGACAUUAUUUGAUAAAUUAGCUUCUUCGUUUACGCACAAAAACGCCAAGAUCAGGGAGGAGGUUCUUAGGUGUCUGGUCAACACUUUAAAUGAACAUGGAGCACAUUCUCUCACCUUAAGUAAAUUUAUACCGGAUAUAGUGAAAUUACUUUCCGAUCCGACUUCUUCAGUGAGGGAUACGGCUUUUAACACACUUGUGGACCUUUAUAAGCAUGUAGGAGAAAAAUUAAGGGUGGAUAUUGAGAAAAAAAAGUUAAUUCCUCCGGGAAGGUGGCCUGCUUUGGAGGCGCGCUUUGAUGAAGUGAAAAGAAACGGUGAACUGUUGCCCACCGCCUCGAAAACGAUAGAACCGUCGGCAGACGAAGUCGACAGAAUGUCGCGUGCACCUUUACCUCUCAAAAGGGCCACUUCUAGUGCCACAAGCAAAUCAAAAGGAACACCAGUGAAUCCGAAUACCGUUUUGCGGAGAGUUGAGUCGCUCAGAAAAUUCACCCUUCCCGCUGCAUCUGGUGCAGUGGAUGAAGACAUCUUUAUUUCGCAAUUCGAAAAUGUGCCGUCUGUAAAGAUUUUUUCGGCAAGAGAUGUCACAGACCUCUUCAAGUCGAUACACGAAAUCUUAUCAGAUCCCAGUAAGGACUGGAACAAGCGAGUAGAGGCGCUGAAGAAAAUACGGUCUUUAGUCAUUGCAGGAGCGUUAAACUACGAUGAGUUUUAUGUAGGUCUAAAAAAUCUGGAUAUAGCCUUACAGGGCUCGGUAAAAGACUUGCGUUCGCAAGUGGUACGUGAAGCGUGCAUCACCAUAGCAUAUUUAUCACAAGUUAUAGGCAAUAAAUUCGAUAAGAUUGCGGAACUUUUGUUGCAGCAGUUGAUUUUGCUUAUUCCAAACUCCGCUAAGAUUAUGGGAACUUCUGGUGAUUUAACUGUUAAAUUUAUUUUAAAAAACAUACACAGUCCCCGAUUGAUUCCAAUUAUUACCAGUAACAUAACUACCUCAAAAAGCAAGGAAGUUCGUAGAUCCUGUUGCGAGUUUGUAGAAAUAAUACUUAACCAUUGGCCGACGCAUCCAUUAGAAAAGCAUGUGGCCUUACUUCAGGAUUGCAUCAAGAAAGGUGUGGCAGAUGCCGAUCCUGAAGCUAGAGUUUCUUCCAGAAAAGCAUUCAGAGGCUUUAGGGACCACUUUCCAGAGCAGGCAGAUUUCUUGCUGCAGUCUUUGGAGCCCAGUUAUCGAAGAGCUUUGCAAGGCGAUGGCAUGUCUGCUAGUUCAUCUAAUAACAAUUUGAAUAGUUGUUUCAAGACGCCAAGACAGUACGGAAAAACUAUGACGGUGCAGAGUACUUCAGAUAGCAGCAAUAAAAAAGGUGGAUUUAGAAGCAACUCGGCGAUAGAUCUUCAGGCGGCACAACGGGCUAAAGCAAGAGCACAGUAUUCCGCUAUGGCGAGGAACAAAAUUCAAUCUGGCACCGCUAGUCUUCAGGGAGAGGUAUUUCAGUCAGCACGGCCAAAAAGGGCUCCAGAUACUUUCGCAACGGCCUCUCCUGAACGUAUGGGCCGAACAAGGAGCCGAAAUUCACAAUCACAACCUACAAGCAGAUCGGGAUCGCCCAGUUCCCGCCUGGCGUACUUGUAUAAUAGGUCAGCGGAACACGAAUCUCCACGGCCACGAAGAUUAUCUUCUGGUAUUCCUAGAUCUACUCAAGGUUCUAGAGACACUUCAAGAGAAACUAGUCCUAGUAGGGGAUCUAGCCUAUCUAGGUUUAGGCGAAGCACAGAUCGACCUCCGCUCAGUCCAGCUUCCAGACCGGUUUUGGCUCAGAAGAUAUUGCAGCAAAGCCGGGAAGCCGAGAGUGCUUUGGCAGACGCAUUUAUGGACUCGCCAGAGGGACCGUAUAGAAGCCCCAGGAAAACGAUGAGGUCCAUAGAUAAUCACUCGGACGAGUCUGAGACUUCCAGUAUUUGUUCCGAACGGUCUUACGAUUCGUUUAAAAGACCCAGUGACUCAUACUCGUGGAGUGGUUCCCAGCAAAGGUUAACGAGCAGGGAACUGUGGGAACCCUGUCGAGAUAUCAACGAGAUCUUGGCUCUUUGUGCUAGCACUACAUGGCAGGAACGUAAGGAUGGCCUACUGUCGCUACAGUAUUACCUCAGUACCGAGGUUAAACUGACAGAAGGCCAAUUGAAAUACCUCACCGAGAUUUUCACCAAGAUGUUCUCUGAUUCGCAUACACGAGGUAUGGGGGUAUUCCUCGAUACCCUUCAAGAGGUCAUCAAAGUCCACAAGGAUGAUCUUGAAUACUGGAUAUAUGUGCUUCUUCAAAGGGUCUUUUUGAAAAUCGGCGGUGAAACGUUAAAUUCGGCAGCUACAAAGCUAUUAAGCACUCUGGACUUACUUAAAAACAUUUUCCGCAUUGAAUUAUUGAUAACGAACGUGUAUCGGUUUAUAUUGGACGCAACCCAAACACCAAAUACAAAAUCAAAAACUAUUAUGUUAAAUUUUCUGACGUCAUUGUGUAGUCAUCCGGAUGCAGCGAAUGCGGUCGCAACGGCACCGAAUGCCUUGCAGGCGCUCAAGAAGAUUAUCGCUUUUACUCAGGAUGCCAAAUCGAUGGAGAUCAGGCAAGCGGCUAAAGUUUGUUUGGUCGCCAUUUGGAACUGUAACACUCCGGCUGUGACUCUAUUACUUACCGAGCUUCCUAAGGAACAACAAGAUAUAGCUUCCAAUAUCGUACAUAACCAUAUGAGGAAAACAUCUACAGGUAGCGAUCCCGGCAGCCCAAUUCAGGCUUCGAUGAGCCCAAAACCUUUGUCUCCCGGUUCUCCCCCGUUCAGUGACCAAGAUGAUGUUUAUAAGAGUCUCAGGAGAACGACUGCCGAAAUUCAGAACUAUAGUUUCGAAACCUUAGGUAAGUCAAGACCUAAACUGGACCGGGACAGAGAUACGACGUCACAAGACUCAGGCAUAUCACAAAUAUCAGCUGGGAGCGAUAUGAGAACUGACAUAGCAAAUAUUGAAGAGAAAAUGGAGGAUUUAUCAUUGAGACAUUUUCAUUUACGUUCGGGUCCGAGCUCGAUGCCUUAUAACAGUGUGAAUGGGAUUAGUGAGACUGAUUCUAAUGGGUGUAGAAGUUUAGGUGAUAUAAAAGACUCGAAAGCCAUUGUUAAAGAAGUGAUAGAAAAAUGCUGUAUAGACCACGUAACUCCACCUAAUGAAAAACGGAAUCUUCUAUCACAACUUCUUGAUAUAAUCAGGCAGGGUCACAUCGAGGCGGUCGUAGAACAUUUUAAAAAACUUUUAAGGAUAUGGAUAGAUCAUCUUUCAUCGCCGGACUUUCAGAGUCGACUGAUAGUGCUUAAGACGUUAGCCGCGAUUUUCCAGAAUCCGCACAUGCGAAGCAGCUGGGAGAGUUUCGUAGAACUGAUUAUUAUUCAAGUGCUAAAAGCCCACAGUGAUGAAAGACGAGAGGUAAUAAGGGAGGCAGAAGCGACGGCAGCAUCGAUGGUCGUAUGUCCGUUUGACACUAUAGUGUCAACUCUCGGCCCUCUAAUCAGAACUAGUCCAUAUCCGGAAGAUUUAGGUGCCAUUAAAAUGUUAACCAAGUUAGUUGAGGCAAAUCCAGAUGAAAUUACUGACAAGCAUUUGGAACACAUUAUGCCUGGGAUAAUAAAGAGUACGGACCAUAACGAAAGCCCAGUGCGCAAAAGCUCCAUUUUUUGUAUGGUGGCUUUAUAUAAAGCAGUGGGCGAGGAGCGAAUGGCCCCAUACACCGCCAGCCUGACCGGCAGUAAAAUCAAGCUGUUAAAAGUUUACAUCGACAAAAGCCGAAAUAAUAGUCUCAAUAACAGCGCAAAGAAUUCAAAUAACUCGACACUCAAGAACGAUGUGGCUUAGUGGUUGUUGUCUUUGAGGUAAAAAGGUCACUUCUCGAAUCUCCACCCCUUUUAUCCCCUUGAAUGUUUGUUGUAAACUCUGUGAAAUAUUACAAUUUUAAUUUAUGCUGAUUAAUUAACCUUUAUUGAUUCUGAAAACUAUUAUACCCCUAUUCUAUUUCUAAUUAAAAAAAUAAUUGCUCUAAAACGCCUCAAAGACAUAGAACUAACUAAUACCUUUAGUAAAUUAUUAUGAGGGUAGGUAGUUUAGGUAUGCUUGUGAUUUACAUUGUUUGUUAUAUUAUUUAAUCUUGUAGCUAUUAAGAAGAAAAUCUAAUUUAUAACUUGUUAUUACCGUCAUUUUAAUUCUUAUAUUGUUUCGUUUUAUUUAUGUAUAAGUUUAAUGUGCGCGCGCUGUAUAUAUUUGGAAAUAAUGAUGUAAGUAACAAUUUUCAAGCUUUACCUAACUGUAUUUAUAACUAUUCUACAUAUUAUAUUUUUUUCUUUUGUAAAUGCAAGUUUUUGAAAUCUUUAUCAAUAAAUGAUUAUUUAAA